AUGGGUUUUCAUGUUAGGGGUUGUGGUUUUGAUCUGCGCGAGUGGAAUUUGCUUCAAUUACGAUGCAUUCCGUGCUCAGAAUUUGGGGAUUUGGUUGGGGUUGGUUCUUCGGUGGAUCCGAACCUACAACAGAAGGCAUUUUUAACUGAGUUUGGUUUUGAUACAGCAAUGGUGUCCUUCACUUCAUUCACAGAGGAAGAGAAAGAUAAGGCCAUCAGCAUUAACUCAGUGCAGGAAGUUAAUGAAGUUGUCGCACUCCAUGAUCCAGAUCACAUGACUUUAAAAUUUCUUUCUCAUGCGGAUGGGAGAGAGGCAGUGGCCAAAGCAGCUAACUUGAUUUUUGUGGGAAACUUGAAGCAACAUAAAUUGGGUGGAGAACUAGAUCUUCAAAUCCUUUUAGAACCUCAAUUGAAUGAAGCAUUGCAAAUUGUUGGUAGCAAAGGUCCUGAGCCUGGCCUUUUAUUGGUUUAUGGACCUGUGAGGAGCCAUCUUGGUUUUCCUGCAUGGAGACUUCGUUACACAGAGAUCAUGUAAGUUCUUUCUAGGAAACUAUUAUUUAUGAUUAGAACAGUGCAGUAAUAAAAUUUCACUUGAAGUGAAACUAUA